AUGUCUGGCACUGCAUCCGGGUACGACUUGUCCGUGUCGACUUUUUCGCCAGAUGGGCACGUCUUCCAGGUGGAAUACGCGACAAAGGCAGUCGACGCCGCGCCAACAGUUGCGGCUGCCGUUUGCUGCGAUGGCAUAGUCUUUUUAUCCGAUUCUGUGUUGUGUGGAUAUGACGAAACUACUACAACAGGCCGCAAUGUUCUCCAAUCGAAGCCAGCACUCCGUUUGUACGCAUUGGAUGAAGGUGUAGGUUGUGCGGUGACUGGUAUGAUUCCGGAUGCGCAAUGCAUUGUGCGCCGCGCGAAGGCGGAAAGCAAGUCAUUCUUUGAGGAAUACGGCGUGAAGAUUCCUAUUUCUCUGCUGGCUGAGCGAGUUGCAUUGUUUGUGCAUGCUUUUACGUUGUACUGGCACGUGCGGCCCUUUGGCGCAUCAAUGAUUUUAUCGGGAGUCGACUCUAAUGGCAAGAAAUCCUUGUACUGCAUCGAUCCGAGUGGUGCGUGUUACAAGUAUGCCGGCAUGGCCGUCGGUAAGUGCAAGCACCUGGUCAAGACAGAGAUGGAGAAACUAGAUUUAGCUGCUUUAUCUUGCCGUGAAGCUCUUAAGGAGUUGUCUUUGGCCAUAAUGAUUGGGCGCGACGGCGAUUCAAGCAAGACCAACGAUAUUCAGAUGGCAUGGAUUUGCGGCGAAAGCAACGGCCAAUUUGAGCAGGUACCCAGUGAUGUGGCGACAGAGGCUAAGUUAGAAGCGUCAAAACGUCAUGCGAUGCUCCAUGGCCAGUAA